AGGGUGCUGUUUGGGAUGCCUCCUUGAUGUUUUCAAACCCAUUCUAGGAAACAGUUCAAAUCUUAUUAAAGCUCCUGUCUACUACAAAUCUCUGAGCAGUUUCACACAACCUCACGUAUACUGUAAGCACACAUAAAUAUUGAUUGCCGUUGGUAAAUAGGUGGAUAACCCCUAAUUCAAAUGUCAACCUAUUCCCUUGAUAGGGCAGUAAUUCUGACCAGGACCCCAUAUGGGAAUCAGACAAACCACUUUAUCUGACAUAAUACGGGUGUAACCCCUAUCGCUUCUGCUCCACUCUAUCAUUGGUUCUGAGUGUUAUCACUGCAGCACCAAAGAAGUUCCAAUCGACGCUGUCAUGACGUCAAAAAAAGCUAAAAUAUCACAAAUCAGCAUUUUCAUUAUGACUAAUCAGUUCAUUGUUACACUUUAGGUUUUUUUUUUUCUCUCUCUUUUUAUAUUCACUUUGCAUAUUUUCCGUUGUUUCAUGGAAUCUCUUUUACCAGAAUAGUGAACUGUACAGCUGAUUAUGUGGUUUAGUAUUACUGGUACUGAGGCACCUAUGGGCUUCUAUAGCAUGUGCAUCAGAGCACGAUUUCAAACUCUUUCCGAAACACUUGGUAAUAUAUAAAAGUCUGACUAGAUUCUUUUUGGAGGUACAUUUCUUCUUGUCAUCAUGAGUCUCAGCCUGUUGCCAUUUCUCUGUCUCAGUCUUUGCCUCCCAGCGUGGAAUGCCCUGAAGGUUUCCCAGCCGUACCGUGCGGUGGGUCAUCGUGGUGAGGUAGAGCUGUUCUGCUCCUACCACCACACAGGGAGACAUGAACCGGAGGAGCUAAGGGUCACUCUGUACCGGGGGAUGUACGGGGAGCAGGAGAAACAGAAGGUGUGCACCUCCUCCUUCACCCACAACGAGACAGCCUUCCAGACAGAGGGAGAGGGAGAGAGGAAGGUGCAUUGCCAGGGCCGGUUGGGUCCAGGCAGGGUGAACCUGACUAUCUCUGGUCUCCGGGGUAAUGACACUGACCUAUACCGCUGCGCUAUAGAAGUCCUGUACCCCCCGCCGUACCUCAGGACGUUUGGGAACGGCACCCUUCUCCACAUAACAGAGGAACCAGGAUGCUUUACCCCAGAGGCCCAGAGAAGAGAUGAUAUAGGAGAAACAUCGGUCAGAUUACCCCUAGCAGGACUGGCCGCUGCCACCAUCUUAAUAGUAAUCUCUGCUAUUACCAUCCUCCUCGUUCACCAGGUUCUACAGAGGAAGAGAAGGUUUGGAGCAAUGACACCAAUGAUAUCACAGAAUGACGGAAAAUUUGAUUAUGGCAACUUCCAGUGAAGAAUUUUUAAGAAAUGUAUUUUUUAUUCCAUUCUAUAUGUUUCAUUGUGUUGCGAUAUAAAGAAAUUGCAGACUAGUAAAAUCAAGUCUACA